AUAACUAUAGUAAUAUUAGUAGUAAUAAUAGCAAUACCAGCAGUGCCGGCAGUGGUAACAAAGGAGGAGAUGGAGCAAGAGGGUCCAAAUUGAUGAGUGACAUUAGCGGAGUUUGGAGUUCAACACGUCGACGCAUAGCCUCUGCGCCGCUGAUGUCUUAUAACAGCAGCAGUAACAGCAACAGUAGCGGCUAUAAUCAAAGUCAAAGUCAAAGUCAUAGUCAUAGCCAGAGCUAUAUCAGCGGUGAUCGGUUUGAUCGAGAUAAUGAUUCGUUGAGAAGCAAUGCCUCCUUAGGCAUAACUGGACCUAGCCGUGCACACUGGAAGCCCGAUAGUAGCACGAAUGUUUGCACUUGGCCAGGAUGCCGAGUUGAAUUCGGACUCUUUGACCGACGACACCACUGUAGAAAAUGUGGAGACAUCUUUUGCAGCACACAUUGUUCAAAAGAAGUUCCGCUCGAUCAAGCAUUGGAUUUCAACCCGAUAGAAGGAAGGAAGAGUCGAGCAUGUGUCGGAUGUUUUGAACAGUUUGAACGUUGGCAAGGAAAAACCCCGACCAGCAGCAAUAGCGACUAUAUCUUCAAUAAUAGCUACGGCAAUUCCAACAAUAACAGCAACAGCAACAACAACAACAGUAGUUCUAGUUACAACAGUGUAUACCAUAGCGCAAAUAGUGGAGGCAAUAGUAGUGCCAAUUCUACAGAUCCCUUUUCUGCGCCAAAGAUCUCGUUAUCACCCAUUAUUUCAGCAGCGACUCAAAGGCCGAAUAUAGGACGUAUCCCAGAUGGAUUCUUGGGUGGACAAUCCACACGGGAAGCCAUUGGACGAGAUGAUAUUGUCAGGAGGAAAAGCCCUUCAUCAAGGACAAUCCCCAUCAAAAGACGACCAUCGACAGAUCCGACAGUGAUGCCAAUGCCAAGUGUCCCACACGACUGGUCCUGGAGCACUUUCUAAUUGGAUCUGCUCAUUAUAAAAUAUCCAGAUUACAAAUAAAUUGUUUUCAAGAAAUAAAAAG